UAUUCGUCCUUAACACAUGUGGUGGAACAAAUAUUUAUACCAGAUAUCUAUGAAACACAGAUCGAUACUGCCAUAGAGAUUGCUGAUACAGCAAUCUCUAAUGAGACCAGCACGCUCAUUCAUAUUCAACCAAGAGGUUGUGUUAAAUGUGGCAAUUAGAUAAACAACCAGUAGGAAGCAGGAAGAAGCGUGGUGUUUAAAGGCAAUACAAUGAUGAUGACAAUGAUAACUGAUAACUGAGGACGAGGACGAGGACGAGGACGAGGAGGACGACGACGACGACGAAGCAGAAUAGUACCAUUUUGCUAACAUUAAGUCAUCACUGACUUGAGAUUCUGAAUUGCUACUUGCGUUGUUAGAUGCAUCCUCUCUCAGACUUCCGCUGAUAAUGGCGGCGUCUAUGCUGUUUGGGGCCUCGUAGCCUUCGUCACCAUCUUGCCUCCCUCAGCCCAGUUCGCCAGCCGGUUCAGAGAGCCACUGAGACACGAAGAUAUGGAAGAAAUAGAGGCGGCGAUUCCCGAUUCUCCUUUAUCAGACCACGACCCGCACGAAAUUCACCACAUCGGCGAGGCAGUGGAAGCAACGCGUCUGUUUGAACAAGUACGUGUGGUGUGCUGGAUUAUGACGCGCCCGGAGACUCAUAAAAAGAAGGGCAUGCAUGUCAAGGCCACAUGGGGGAAGAGGUGCAAUAAACUGAUCUUCAUGAGCUCCCAGAAUGACACUGAACUGGGAGCAAUCGACCUGGGUGUGGGUGACGGGCGUGACCACCUCUGGGGGAAGACCAAGGCUGCCUUCAAGUACUUGUACGACCACCACCUCAACGACUACGACUGGUUCUUCAAAGCGGACGACGACACGUACACAAUUAUGGAGAAUAUGAGAUACAUGCUGUCCACCUACGAUUCUUCCUUGCCUAUCUACUUCGGCUCACGCUUCAAGAAGUUCACCAAACAGGGAUACAUGAGUGGAGGAGGCGGAUACGUGCUGAGUCGAGAGGCCCUCAAGAUAUUUGUGGAGGUAGCGCUGCCUAACCCCAAGAAAUGCAAGCAGUCGCACACGGGAGCAGAGGAUGCAGAAAUGGGCAAGUGCUUAGCUAACGUGGGCGUGAUGGCGGGGGACUCAAGGGACAGUCUCGGGCGGGGGCGUUUCUUCCCCUUCACGCCCACCACUCAUCUUAUGGGCGGAGUUCCUAAUUGGUAUCUGGAUUACGUCUACUACAAGCCUGACACAGGUCUGGAUUGCUGCUCGGACACCGCCGUCACCUUCCACUACGUCGACACCAAUAAAAUGUACAUGCUGGAGUAUCUUGUGUACCAUUUGAGACCCUAUGGCAUCGCACACCACGAUCCCUUCCCAGCGCCGCUACCACCCGACCACAGGAGUGUGCCCAAGAAGGUCCUACAGAAGAUGAACGUGACCAGUGUGAUUGUCAAGACAGAAGGGACGGCGUAGUACAGGAGUCCGCUGUGAAAGGUGCUCUAUAACCAGCCCCGCCACACCUAUGGACGCUGGCUGGGCUGUCUUUACCUCAUCCUCAUCAGUAGCCUCGUGUCCUCUUAAGAUUGUUAUGGUUACGUCCAUCAGUCUGUACUAGUUUUUUUUUUUUCGCUUUCCUUGAUUUGUUUUCUUCCCUUUUAACAUGUACUCGUAAUUUCUUUUCUUUCUUUGAUUUGUUUUCCUUCCUUUUGUCAUGUACUAGUUUUUUUCUUUCGCUUUAUUUGAUUUGUUUUACUUUCUUUUUAUUGUGUGUGUGUGCUCUUUACGGCCGCACAAUCUGCAUAUAAGCUUUAUCCCUGAAGUUAUCAGGUAAUCACUCUGACUUGAAUGCAACUUGGUGAAUAGCGAGAGAAAAAAAAGUCCACUCAACACGCAAUCACUCGAUGUAAAAAAGCUCUGAAAUCCGUUUUCUCUACUCUGAACACAAGCAAUAAUCACGAAUUUGAUGUAUAGUUUGAAAGCAAUUGCGUGUGAAGAUAAACCUGAUGAAUAACCACCACACUUGGCACUACUCAAUAAGCGGUCGAUAUAACCUGCUUCGUGGAGCACCUUGGCCUUUAAUGAUGCUCAGCGAAGGCAGCUUAAUGACGGUAGAUGAAGGACACGGUAGACAGUAAGCCGGAAGGUAUAGAGUGUCCUUAUUGCCUCGUGAUUAAUCUCUAUAAUAGCGGUCUUCCUACUGGAGUUGCCAUGGUGAGGAAUGGUCAAUGCCUGGAGUAAAUAAUCUAGUUUUUUUCAAAUCUUAUCUAGCCAUUUUGAUGUGAUAAAUUGUAAGAGAGCUUUACAAACACUGAUAUUCGUGUUUUGAAGACUCUGUGGGUGAAAUCUACUAUGUUGAUUUCUUUAAAGUACGAUUUAGUGUGUGUGUGUGUGUGUGUGUGUGUGUGUGUGUGUGUGUGUGUGUGUGUGUGUGUGUGUGUGUGUGUGUAUGUAUUUUUGACAAUUAAGAUGAAAAGUUACAUUUGA